UUACCCGCGUGCACCACAGUCUACUGCAUUUUCUGACGGCGAGCAAGUUCUUCGAGGAAACCACAACAUGGCUAUGAUACCCAUUACCUACAACGAAAAGGAUGGAGUCUGGAGUGGAGCCAAGCGCAAUUCCAUAUACAACUAUGACACCUCCGUGGGCAAAAUCAUCUUCAACAACAUGAAGAACUGGCCCAAGAACGUUUGUCAGAUUUGUGAUGUGGAUGGAGUGACGGUGACCUUCGAGCAGGGACUAACCUGGGCCAUUCGGAUAGCCCAGUAUCUCAAGAAGAGGGGUCUUAACCACAAGGAUGUUAUUGGCAUUGCGGCCAAGAACUCAACUUAUGUAAUGCCCCUUGGAGUGGCCUGUCUGAUGAAUGCGACCCCAUUUCACUCGGCUAAUCCUAUUCUGGAUGAUGCAACCCUAACCCAUGUGUUCUCGAUCACCAAGCCAACCUUAAUAUUCUGCGAUGGAAACGAAUACGAGAAGGUUCAUAAGGCUACCGUGGGAUGGCAUCCGGAAAUCUUCACCCUAACCGAUCAUAUUGGAGGGGUUCAGAGCAUCGAGACCCUGCUGGAUCCCACAACCACUGAAAGGAUGUACCAACCGGAAGAACUCAAGGAAGGUGGCGACCAAACCGUAGCCAUUCUGUGCUCCUCUGGAACUACUGGUCUUCCCAAGGCUGUCUGCAUUUCCAAUAGCAUACUCAUCCAGGACAGCAUGCUAAUCACGAGCCAAUCGGUCAUCUAUGUUGGAAGCUGCCUGGACUGGAUCACGGGUCUGUGGGCCUUCGUCUUCAGCGCCGUGUUUGGAGCCACACGGAUCAUCAGCAACAAAGGGUUUACCCCCGAGUACUUCGUGGGUCUGGUGAAGAAGUACAAGAUCAACUAUGCCGUGCUCCCGCCUCGCCAUCUGUCCGCCUUGAUCACUUGUCCGGAUGCCAAGCCAGAGGCCCUGGCUUCGAUUACGCACCUCAACUACGGCGGAGGAUCCGUUUCGCUGGCCACUCUGCAGCGAUCGCAGGAAAUCUGCAAGACGGCCAUGUUCAACUCGGGCUACGGAAUGACGGAGGUGGGCGCCAUCACGAUCAAUAUCGGGAUCAGCAACGUCUCCUCGGCGGGCAGACCCAUUCCGGGAAUCAAGAUUCGGAGUGACGAGGAUGGCAAGAACCUGGGCUACAACGAUGUGGGCGAGAUCUAUGUGCACACGGGUCAGGCCUGGAACGGGUACUACGGCAAUCCCGUGGAGACGCGUCGCAUGCAGGACUUCGAGGGAUGGUUCCACACCGGCGAUUUGGGCUACUUCGAUGAGCAGAACUUCCUGUACAUAGUGGACCGCAAGAAGGAGAUCCUCAAGUACCAGGGUCUCCACUACUGGCCCACCGAGAUCGAGGCCGUCAUCACCGAGCUAUCCCAGGUGCAGGAUGUGUGCGUGGUUGGUAUUUACGAUGAGCGGGAGGGCGACGCGGCCGGGGCUCUGGUGGUCAGGAGCAAGGGAGCCACCAUUUCCGCAAAGGAGAUAGCCGACCACGUGGCCAAGCGACUGCCCGCCGCGCAGAAGCAGCUGAGGGCCGGAGUCCAGUUCACCGACAAACUGCCCGCCAAUGUCAAUGGCAAGACCAUGCGCAAGGCGGCACGCGACGUGUUCGUUGCCCAGAGUGAAGCGAAAAAGUGAGAUCUCAACGAUCCGCACACACAAUAUAGUCUAGUUUAAUCACAA